GCGUCGUUCGUUCACUGCGAAUGGUUCAACCAACCCAGUCCCCUCGUAUAUCUACGCGCGCAAUACUACACUACGCCAGCAAGCAAGCAAGCGAGCAAUCCAAAUAUAUGUUGUGAGUGAGUCGUCCGACCGAAAAGAAAAAAAAAAGAAAGAGGGGCCUUCCACUGACAAGUCGGAGCUCUCGAGCUGGCACUUGGCUACGGAACGGCUUUCGGUGUCGGUGUGCGAGGACUAGACCUCCUAAGAACACUAAAUCCCUUCUCGGAUCGUCGCGGCUCGGCCAACUAAGUCCGGGCAAAUAAUAAUAAGUUUUUAGGAGAAUUAACUUUUCGGUAUUAAGGAUUUAAGCAAUAAAGUUUGAUGAAGAGGAGUCGGAACAGCGCCAGCUGAGCUGAGGUGGUAUAUCGACGUCGUCGACACGUCGGUCGAUCGGGGGCAACGUCGUCGUUGUCGUCUCAGGACGGUGUGGUCAGCCUUCCUUCCUGUUACCAUCGAAGAGACACACGGAAAAAGUAGAGGAGGAAAAAACUAACGGCGGUGAUUUUCACGCACUAAAUCCCGGAUUUUCGGGCUGUGGCUGCCCCGGCGUCGUCGUCGUCUUCACCGAGUGAAUUGUGAGUGGGCGAGCGCGAAUCGGCGGAAGUUGUUCGACCUUCUCGUACCCAGAAGUGUUCCGAACCGAGAAUCUUCGAAAACAGGAAAAGUUGAAAAGUGAAAGAAGUGCUUUUGGUUCGCGGAUCGCGGUGUGUGAAAUCGGGCUUAAGUGAUUAAGAAUUGUUCAAAACAUUCACAUGCCAGCAUCAUCAUAAGGCGAGUAAGAUUUUCCGGCGCACGCUUCGGCUUUGACGGAUGGUGUUCCGUCGUCAUCGUCGUCGGUUGGUGUCCUCAUCUCUCGCUUGCCGACUACGUUCGAUCGUACCCUGAGUGUUUGAGCGCUAGUGGAUUAAGAGCUGAGGUGAAAGCUAAUUAGCCAGCCAAUCCGAUUGAUGGUUUCUGUGGUUUGAAUCCGGCGGAGAAAAAGUGAAUCCCCCAGUUGAUGAAAUAUUGAAACGGAUUUGUUUUGGCUGAAAAACCAAAUAACCGAGAUCAGGUUCUUAGUGUACUGUGGUGGACGAAUACUUCCGGAAGUGGCUGUAAACUGCCAAGUGACUGUGGAAGAAAAGUGAUUUUGUGCGUCGUUGAGAACAGUUUCCGUCGGAAAGUUGGACAUACAGUAAAGGUUCAACGGCUCUUCGAGAGAAGAGAGAAACAGAAGCGUCGCGCGAGUGCUACCAAAGCGCAGUCCGCUGUCCGCGAAACAGCGAUCCCUUUUUGAGACCCCCGGUACAAGAAAACAGUCAAAACGAUUUAUCUCCGGCCGUACAAGGACAUCUUCCCGGGCGGUGGCCAUAACCAGUUGAGCUCGUUAUACCCACAGUCCGUGAUGGAACGUGGAGUUGGAGCGGGCACUGGGGCUGGCGGCGCCGGGAACGGUACCGGGCUCGAUUCGAUGACCGAUACCAGCGGGCUCUGCCUGCAGGAUCUGGUCGGGAACGGUGGCGGUGGUACCGGUGGAGGCGGAGGUGGUGGUGGAGGAGGAACCAAUACCAAUGGGACCUCGGACCAUCACCUGCACCAUAACCACAACAGCCACAACCAUCACGGGUCGCUGCACGAUUCGGUGACGGGCGGUGGGGUCAGUGUGAGUUCGGCCCUGACCAGCCUGAUGAGUCCCGGGAUCAACAGCGGGCUCGGCCAUCUGCAUCAUGGUACUCCGGAUCUCAGUGCACAUCACCACCACCAUCAGCACCCGUCGUCGGUGCUGCAUGAGCCGCUCGAGAAGCUAAAGUUAUGGGCCGAGACGGGCGACUUUCGUGAUAAUAGCCACAGUGCAAUGUCGGCCGUGACCAGCAUCGACCACACGCAGAUGGGCUUUCAGUCGUCGACGGCGCGGAACCGGAGCAGCCGGGAUCGGAAAAACGACGUCACACGUGUCGAUCCCACCUCGGUCAAGACGGAAAACAUCAGCAGUGGGAUGUCCCACGACGACAGCGGAAACCCGGCGGGAACGACGAUAACGGGCGACGGCAGUGGCGGUCAGGACCAGAGUGGAACCGGUGGCGGCGGCGCCGGUGGCAAAAACGACAAGAAGAACAAACGACAACGGCGGCAGCGGACCCAUUUUACCUCGCAGCAGUUGCACGAACUGGAGCAAACGUUUAGCCGGAAUCGCUACCCGGACAUGUCGACCCGGGAGGAAAUCGCCAUGUGGACGAACCUGACCGAGGCGCGAGUUAGGGUGUGGUUCAAGAACCGGCGGGCCAAGUGGCGCAAGCGGGAGCGGAACCAGAUGAACGCGAUAGCAGCGGCCGACUUCAAGAACGGCUUCGGGCCACAGUUUGUGCAACCGUUCGCCGACACCGACCUGUACUCGUCCUACUCGUACAACAACUGGGCAAAGGUGCCAUCCCCAUUGGGUGCCAAAACCUUUCCCUGGACGGUCAAUCCGCUGGGGACAUCGAUAGUGCCCACGAAUCACCAUCAGAAUUCCAUCAAUUGCUUCAACUCGUCGGCGUCUUCGGUGGCGGCCGGUAUGGGCACCGGCACGAUGCUGACGGGCAGCAUGGGGACCAGUUUGGGCGGAACGACCGGCGGGACCGGGGUUUCGCCGACGCCCUGCCCGUACACGACGCCAACGAACCCGUACAGCAUGUACCACCACCGGGCCACGGCGGAACCCUGCACGGCGAUGACCUCCAGCAUUGCCACCCUGAGAUUAAAGGCGAAACAGCACACUUCCGGGUUCUCGAGUCCGUACUCGGCCCCGUCGCCCGUAUCGAGAUCUAACUCGGCCGGUCUGUCCGCAUGUCAGUACGCCGGAGUGACGGACACCGUCUGAGAAAACGCCCUGGGCAGCAUGCUGUCCCAUCAUCACCAUUCGUCCUCCCUGGCCGUGUACAACUCCAGCAUCAGCAGUGCCAUCAAUAAUGCCAUCAACGGUGGUAACAGUAUCAACAACAAUGGCACCGGACCGGACAAGGACGGCGGUGGCCAGGUGGGAUCGGGCCCGGGAGGACUGGUGGACGACGACGAUCUGAUGGUGCCGGAUGAGGAAGACGACGAUCACCGGCGGAACGCGGUGGACGAUAUUCACGACUGAACACGCGAUACCUUUCCUUUUCGGUUUGUCUAAUCAGGGUGUGUGCGAUUGGGAGGGAGAAAGAGAGCAGUGGGGUCAAAUGCACCUAUUGCAGGAAAGACACGAUUUGGGAGUUGCCAUUUAUCAAACUUAUACCACUUGAGUGUCUAUGCAAGAUCCAUUAAGCGAUGUGUAGAAGUAAAAGAAUAAUUUCUCAAAAGUUUAACCCUGAUUUUGUUCAGUCAGUAAUUUCUAAAAUUUAACAAAAUAUUCCCCGAAAACCAAAAUAAUGUUCGAAGUUUUCAACAGAUUUUUUAUUUUGCAAAGGUACUAGAAUGCCUAGAAAUAGCUGUUAAAUUUCCUUAACCCUUCAGCGCGCGCGCUGUUGUAAAAAGUACAACACUGCCAAAAAACCUCGUUUUUCGUAUCGUGCAGUUUCGGUUGCUUGAUGGCGCGCGUCCUGGAAGGUUAAAGAUAUUCCUUUUUUUAAAUCCGCCGAAAAUUUGUUUUAUGUGCUUCUAGAGUUCUAGGAAAUUCCCCAGAGAUUUUUACACGAUUUUUUUUUCGGAAAACUUUUACCAACUACUAACGAAAUUUGGUCAGAAAACAUCACGAAUUGCUUCGGAUUCCUUCAAGGUGACUUUUUUCAGAAAUCUUUUUUCAAAUUUGGAUUUUUCAAGGAAUGUUCACUGAAUCCGUCUAUGUUCCUUUUUGGAAGCCUUCCUUUUGAAUAAUUUUAAGGUAUUACUUUGAUAAUAAUCACUGUAGGUGCUUUUAUUCCUAGAGCGAUUGGUAUCUUUGACAGAAUUCUUAGAAAAAAUCUCAGUGGACUUGCUGAAGGAAUCCUCUAUGUCUUUUUUUAUUAAUCCCUGGGAUUAUGCGUACAGGAACAUUUUCAGAAGAAAUAUUGGAGGAAUUAUCGAAGAAAUUUCUGUUUUUUCCAGAUUUUUUUCAAGAUCUCUUAAAAAAAUCUUCGAGCAAAACUUAGAACAUUUUUGGCGAUGUCCUCUUAGGAAUUCCAGAAUCUUUAGAGGAAUCAUAAGAAUUUCUAGAGUCGUCGGAGAAAUUUCAGGUGAACAUCUUGGAGAACUUUAAAAAGGCAAAUCUGAACAAUAUCCGGAGAAAUCUUUGGAAGAAUUUCUGGAAAAUUCCUCAGAAAAAUAGCCGUAGAGGUCAUUGGAAGAGUUUUAGGCGGAAUAUAUAACGGAAAAAUGGAGGAAUCCUCGCAAAACAAUUAGAAGAAAUCCUCAGAAGCGUUCCUAGAGGAACCCACUGAUGAACUUCUGAAGGAGCAACUUUUCGAGGAAUUCCUGUUUAAGGGAAUACUUAAAGACUUCUCAAAAAAAAAAAAUCCGAGUAUUCUUCGGAGAAAUUCAUAGUGUGUUUUUUGGAUGAAUUGGGCGAAUUCUCAUGAAAAUGUAAAAGAGUCCUUUAACCUUCCGUUAAUCGCGCUGUUGUACUUUGUACAACACAUGAGAAUUAUCGUCUAUUACUUUGAAACCAUCUUUUCUAUCGAUGUCAACCCCAAAUGUAUUCUACAGGAAUCUUAUUUGGAAUAUUAUAAGACCUUUUUUGAAAACAGUAUAACUCCUUAUAAUGCGGAAAAUUGAAAAUCGCAAUAUGAAGAACGUACUAUAUUUAAGAUAAGACAGACAGUUGAAAGUGAAUUAGUGUAUUUCAAAAUCUAAAUGACCUAGAAAUAUGGUGUCUUCGGCAAAGUUACUUGGGAUAUCAAGGGCCUUCGCGAGGUGAUCUGAGAAAUUCAGAUUUCAACCGAUAGGCGGCGCCAGUGAGCAUGUAAUUUUUAUAUCCCAUAUAACUCAGGAUCCUGAGUACUUAGAAAGAUGGUGUCUUCGGCAAAGUUGUUUGGUUGGUUAAACACUAACUGAUGGAGAGCCGUUUGGUUUGAAACUCCACAUCUAGGUGGCGCUAGUGGGCAUUGAAAUUUUAUAAAUCAUACAUCUCAGGACCCUGAUUACUUAGAAAGAUGGUGUCUUCUGCAAAGUUGUUUAGUAGAUCAAACACUAACUGAUGAAGGCAAGUAUUGCUGUGUGCGUUCAAGAUGAAAACAGUGCCGAAAUGCGCUUCAAACGCGGUAACACAUGUUACCAAAGGCAACGUAGCAACUAUGGCCAACAUCACCGCCAACCUAGGAUUCGAAAGCUCCCACUGACAUCGUGUUACUUGUUAGAAAAUCUUACCGCAUUUGGUGUCCCCGCAUUUGAUAUUUGCAUUUUGAAUGCACACAGCAAUAUGAUGUGGAAUUCCACAUCCAGGUGGCGCAAGUGAAUACUCAAAUUUAUAACCUAUAUAUCUCGAGAUCCUGAUUACUUAGAAAGAAGAUGUCUUCAGCAAAGUUGUUCAGUAGAUCGAUGGAGAGCCGUAUGAUUUGAAACUCCACAUCUAGGUGGCGCUAGUGGGUAUUCAAAUUUUAUAACUCAUGGGUCUCAGGACCUCACUUAAGAAGAUGGUGUCUUCUGAAAAGUUGUUUAGUAGAUCAAACACAACUGAUGAAGACAAAUAUGACGUGCAAUUUCACAUCCAGGUGGCACUAGUGAGCAUUCCCAUUUUAUACCUCAUAUAUCUCAAGAUCAUGAUUAUUUAGAAAGAUGAUGUCUUCGACAUUGUUGUUUGAUGGAUAAAGGAUGGAUGUAUUUAUCCCGUGACAUUGACAACCUUAAGAUAGAGUAUAUUGAAAUACGACGGUCAGAUAUUGAAUAUUUUACUAAGCGCUUUAACUUCAUGUAAAAUUAAUCAAUCAAGUGCAAAUUUAAACAAAUUAUAAUCAACUAGUUGUGUAAUUUUCAAAUUUUGAAAACUUUCGGAAGUAUAAAAAUUUACAGCUCGUUGAUUUUUUUCUAAAUGAAUAAUAACACGUUCAUGCUUUUGCAAAUUUACAUCUAGCGUCUUCUGGUGGCAGAAGCAUAAUUCAAAUGGUCAAUCAACUUAAAGCCCUGAUCUACCAACCAACCUUGCCAAAGAUAUCAACUUCCCAGGUAAUCAGACUCGGAGAUAUAUAAGAUAUAAAAUUUGCAUACUCAUUAGCACCACUUACUGGCGAAAUAUUGAUUUCAACGACCCAUCAACCAAAUGCACUUAACCUAUUUGACAACUUUGCCGAAACCACCAUCUCAAACGGACAACUAUCUGUAAGUUUUCGAUCUUGUAGAGGUCGGCACGAGAGGUAACUUUUCCUCCAUUUGGUCUUUGAUCUACCAAACAACUUUGCCGAAGACACCAUCUUUCUGAGUAAAGUGGAGCUUGUGGCCGUUCGGUUAGUGUUACCAAGCGUGUAACCGCACCAUGCUAUCCACUGGUGCAUGUAAUGUAUGUCGUGUCCAUGGUCUAGUGUUAAGUUCUGUUCAGUCUGUACAGCUUCUGGCUGAAGACGGUGUCCCGUGCCUUUUUAAUCGGGAUCCUGAGCUACAUGAGAUUAAAAAUUUACAUGCUAACUAGUGCCUCCUAGUGGUGGCAUUUGAAAUCAAACUGUCACUCAUCUAUAAGCCCUUGAUAUACCAAACAUCUUUGCCGAAGACACUAUCUUUCUAAGUAAUAAGGGUCCAGAGAUACAUAAUAUAUAAUAUUUACGUGCUCACUAGCGCCGCCAAGUGAUGAAAUUUCAAAUUAAACUGCGAAUCAUCCGUAAGUAAUUGACCUACCAAACAACUUUGUCGAAGACGCCAUCUUUCUAAGUUAUCAGGUUCCCGAGAUACAUAGGAUAUAAAGUUUAUUUGCUCACUAGCGCCGCCUAAUGGUGGAAUUUUCAAUUAAAAGGCCAAUAAUCUGUAAGCCGUUGACUUACCAAACAACUUUGCCGAAGACACCAUCUAUCUAAAACAUCAGGAUGCUGAGAUAUAAGAUAUAACAUGAUAUUGCUCACUAGCGCCGCCUAGUGGACGUAUUACGAAUCAACUUUGUCAGCAACGAGUAGCCCAUGAAAUUUACAACAACUUUGCCAAAAACAGUCCUCCUCUAAAUAAUCAGGAUCCUUUGAUAUUUCAGAAUGAAUGGGUGUUGUACAAAGUACAACGCGCGACUGCUCGCGUUACAAAAAUUGGCGCGAGUACUGAAAGGUUAAAAGAGGUUUUUUUAGAUGAAUUCUUGGGUAAGUUACAAGAGAAAGAUUUGGAAUAUUUCCCUGAAGAAUUUAUGAAAAACACUUGCAGGAAUUUUUGAAAGAUAUUUUGGAGGAAUCUGUUUUUUUUUUGGUUUUUUUCAGGAAUUUCUGGGUAACUGCUCAGAUAAAUUUGGGUAAUUGAAUUGGAUAUAUUCGGUAAAUUUUCAGGAUUUUUUAGAAAAACUCUUGGUGAAAUUUCAGAAGAAACUGGGUGAAUUUAUGAAGGAAUCCUUGGAAAUUUUCAGGAAAAUCCACUGAGAAACUUUUUCAGGUAUCUUAGGGAAAAUCCUGAUGCAAUUUUCAAAGAAACUUCUGGAUGAAUCAUUGGGGAAGUUUCUUGAUAAAUUCCAAUCGAAAGCAUCGAAGGAACUCUAAAAGCAAAUCUUUUGUGGAGUUUCUGGUAACAUCUUCUGGGCAUUUCUUUUUGCAAAGCUUAGAGAAAUUUCUGAAAAUUUUCUCUCGAGAAUCUCAGGAGGAAUUCUUGGAUAUUUUUUUUGAGAAUCCUUACAGGAAUUAUCACAUAUAUAUUUGUAGAACUUCUUGGGAUAAUUUACGAAAGAUUUUCAGAGUGAUCUUUGGUGAAUUUUUUAAAAAUGUUCUGGAAGAUACUGGAUUCUGGAAGAAAUCGUAACAAGCAUUCUUGGACAAAUCUACGGGAAAUUCUGAGGGAAUAAAUUCUUGGUGGUAAUUGUGUAGAAAUCCUAGUAAAAUUUUCCGAAAAAAACCUUUUUCAGUUGAUUUUUGAAAAACUAUUUGAAGAAUUCUCGAAUGAUUUUCAAAAAACUCUCAAUUGAAUAUAUGUUAGAACCAUUAUUGGAACUAAAAAAGUUCUAUGAAGCAAUGAAUUAGAAUUCAUACGAAUAGAAACUUUUGUAGAAGAUUUUCUAAAACAUUUUUUGGUUAAUAUAUGAAAAUUGAAAAAAAAACGAUACAUUGAGAAUUAAAUCUAAAUUUUGAAUAUAUUAGAAUGCCCAGGAAAUAGUGGACGUCAUAUUAAAAAAAAAUAUAAAUAUUUUUUUGUGACCCUAUGUAGAAAAAGUAAGUUACCUUCGUGACUUUUCCAAUUUUUGUUUUGCGUUUGUUUUUUUUUUAUCGGAACUUCUUUCAGGGAUUCCUUCAGAAAGCCCUACAAAUAAAAGAAAUGUAUUUCUUUCGAAAAUUCGUCCUUCGGAAAUUCUCCUUUCCGAAAUUCGUCACGGGACUUCUCAAACAUUUAUUUAAGGAUUACCCCACGAACUUCUUAUGAAAAUUCGGACACUUCAGUGCUCGAAAAAUGUAUCAGGCUCUGUAAAAAAUCUAUCAAAGUUUUAUUCAGAAUUGUAUCCGGAGUUUCCUUUUGUUUCUCAUAUCUUCAGAAAUUCCUUCAUUGUUUCAGAAAAUUUUCCAUAAAAUUAUUAUGAAAUUCAACCAUGCUUUCAGAGAUUUUUCUGAGAGAUCCUUCAGGAAUUCUUCCAUAAUUCAUAGCUUUCGUUAGAAAAUUUCUCCUAAGUUUUCUAGAGUUUACUCCAAAAAUUAAAUAUUAUCUUUUAAAAGAACUUUCCCUGGAAUCCUAUUGAUAUUGCACAAUAAAACUGUUUAGGAAAUCCUCCAGGGAUUUCUUCCGAUGAAUAUCUUUUUAAAGUUCUUCAGAAUGUUCUCCAUGCAUUGCUUCAGAAUUUUCUUUAGAAUUUCCACCGAAAUUUUCGUUAGAGGAUCCUUCAAAACUUUCUCCAAAUAUUUCCUUAAAAUCUUUUAUAGGUUUUAUUGAAAAAAAAAAAGUCCCCCAUGGUUUUUUUAGCAACAAUUCUUUCAGAAAAUUCACGGUUUCCUUCAGAAAUGUUUUCUGCGAUUCCUUAAGAAAAUCUGAAACAUUUUACCGAAAUCUCAACCGUUAAGUUUUUAACCGGAAAAUUCGAUAAAGCUGACAACAUUUACCGAUCUUCGUUAGAGUUUGACCGAUAAAUGAUAACACUUUACCGAAGUUUUGGCAUUUUUAACGGAAUUUCCGUAAAAAUGUAUUACCGAACGCUAAGCAGUUGAGAUUUCGGUAAAGAUUUCCGAACGCUACUAGCUGUGUUCCUCCAUAAAUUUGUCCAAGGAUUCCAAGUCCAAAGAAAACUUCUAUGUAUUUCUUCCAAAAUAUAGCCACUUAUUCCAGGAAUUCGGUUUUAAAUCUAUCAAGGUUUGCUACAGAAACUCCUCCGGCUAUUUUUUCAGAGGUUCUUCCAGGAUUUUUUUCAGAAACUUCUCCAUGGCUUCCUUCAGAUAUUCCUUUUUUUUUCUUUUAGGUAGAUUUAUACGGGUUCCUUCUGAAAUUUUAUUAGAAAAUGCUUCAGAAAUUCUUCAUAUAAUCGAUUUUUUUCCAGCGUUCAGAGUUCGGAGUUAAGUCCUCUAAAGAUUCUUGUAUUAUUGCUUUCAGUGAUUUAAGCAGGAAUUCCUGCAAGACUUUAAACAGCGAUUCCCUUUUGAUAUCCUCCAGAAGUUUUUUUUUAAUUUUUUCUUCGGAGGAUAAUUUCAAUAAUUCAUUCACCGAUUCCUUCAGAAAUCUAUUCAAAAAUAUGUCCUAGGUAAUAUCUCAAGAGUGUUUUUUUCUAAGAUUUUUUGCAGACGCUUAACUAUUCGUUUCUCCAGGUAUUCAAUUUUUUCAACAAAGCUUCGUCCACAGGUUUAUCCAAGAAUACUUGUUGUGACCUUUACCGAGUGUUCCACCAGAGAUUCCUGUGAUCGUCUAGGUUUUCCAAUGAUUCCGGGAGUCUGCAGUGUCCCGUUUGUUACAUAAGUGUUCCGGUAGAUAGAUGGGUUUGUUCCAGGGUGCCAGUGCAAUAAGAACACGUUUCACACUCCAAAUACACUUUAUUUUACUGACACUACCCAAGCAACACACAUGUUAUAUUAGAGUUACGACAGCGCAAGUUUUGGUUGUA